AGAGAAAGAUAAUAGAAAGAAAAGAAGAAGCCAACUACCGAGUUGACUGCGUAAUAAUAUCCAAUCAUGGAGACACGCUUUUCUUGCUGGCUGUUGUUUGUUGAGGUUGAAAUUGAGAUUGAGGACGAUGCUGUAAAAGGGUUCUUGUCCCAAAUAAACAUUAAACACCUUCCCUCUUUUAUUUCAUUUUCACCCCCUUUAAUUUAUUUUCCCAUUUUUAUAGCCAUAUUUUCAGAGAUUAUGUAAUCAUUUAUAUAUAUACAUACAUACAUAUAUUGCUCCUCUUUGUCUAAUCCAUUGCAUUCCAUUCCAUUCUACUACUGUGUACAUCUUUCUUGGUCAAUUUCUUUUCUUUCAUUCUAAAGCUGGAUCAUCGGAUAUAUCCAAAACCAAGGUGUUAUUCUAUCUGGGGUUUUGCUGAUUUUGAUUCUCCAACUCAUAUCUGCAAAUGGGUACUGGAGAUUCUUACUUUUGAGGGGAAAUCUCGAUGUGGGUAUUGAAGAUUUUAGGCUCUUUUUUUUUUCUUCCAGGGAAUAUCUGGGGACCAGAACAAGAUUCUUAUUCUUUCAUGACUAGGUUAGAUUGUAAUGGGUUUCUGAGAUUAUGAUUCUCUCUGGGAGAAAGUUUUGGAAUUGAGUCUGACUUUUUUGUAGGAUAGAACAUUUUGGAGUUUCUUUGGAAAAGAGAUUGGAUUGCUCUUUUGUUUUCUUUUGUUUGGUUUCUCGAAGUUUACGAUAUUAAUUUAUUCUUUAACUCAUUGACAUUGUUGUCAAAAUCUCUUCUUCUUCUUCUUCUUGUUCUGUCUGUUGCUUUAUUUUUUAUUUGAUUAGAGAACACAUUACUCUCUCUCUCUCUCUCUCUCUCUCUCUCUCUCUCUCUCGUUAGGAAUUAUAUGGUUAGUGAGGUCCUAACCGAUAUAACCAAAUAGCUUUCGUAUGUACGAGAUAAAAAAACUGCUGUGGGAGGGUAGUUAGUUGGUGCAAAGGACGAAUUUUGUUACACAGAAAGAUUACUUUUUUAUUCAUAUUUUUUAGUACCCUUAUCGAAAACUUUGGGAUGGAUUAAGGAAUUGGUUGUUCCCUUUUAAUGUUCCAUUUAAGAGAUAUAAGGAGCUCUUUCUACUCAGCCAGAAGAAAGCUAUAAGACAAUAACCAUUACUUUUGAGGUACUGUGUCAAUGAAAUUUCUAAGCAUUGUGGGGAAUUCCUUUGGAUGUUCAGCAUCUGGGGAGCGUUUAGUUUCAGCAGCUAGAGAUGGAGACCUUCAAGAAGCCAAGGCUUUGUUGGAAUGUAAUCCAAGGUUGGUGAGGUACUCCACUUUUGGUGUUCGUAAUUCCCCUCUUCAUUAUUCUGCAGCUCAGGGACAUCAUGAGGUAGUCUCUCUUUUGAUUGAGUCUGGAGUAGAUAUCAAUCUUAGGAAUUAUCGUGGGCAGACUGCUUUGAUGCAAGCUUGUCAACAUGGUCACUGGGAAGUUGUUCUGAUUCUCAUUCUUUUCAAAGCUAAUAUUCAUAGAGCUGAUUAUCUGAAUGGGGGUACUGCUCUUCACUUGGCUGCUUUGAAUGGUCAUACCCGGUGUAUUCGCCUUCUCCUGGCUGAUUAUAUUCCUAGCUCCCCAGUUUUUGGUAAAAUGCUGAGAAAAAAUGUAGAUAAGGAAGAAUCUAAUCCAGAUUAUUAUAAGAAUGCUUUGUCUCAGAUAAUUAAUAGCCCUGCUGAUGGAGGGGUAACUGCUCUACAUAUGGCUGCAUUGAAUGGUCACGUUGAAAGUGUACAAUUGCUUCUAGAUUUAGGGGGUUCUGUUUCUGUAGUAACUGUAGAAGAUGGAACUACAAUCGACCUAAUCGGUGCUGGAAGCACAGCUCUACAUUAUGCAGCAUGUGGUGGAAGUGCACAAUGUUGUCAAAUUUUGAUAGCCAGAGGUGCCAGUUUGAAUGCUGAAAAUGCAAAUGGGUGGACACCGUUGAUGGUUGCUCGUUCGUGGCACAGAAAUGCACUUGAGGAAAUCCUAAGCACACAGCCACCAAGCCAGUCUCAUAUAUUUUUUUCGCCUUACCUUUCUCUUCCUUUUAUGAGCAUUGUCAAAAUAGCUAGAGAAAGUGGAUGGAGGAAUAGUGAUACAUUGACAUGCCAGGAUCCAUGUGUUGUCUGCCUAGAAAGGCAGUGUACUGUUGCUGCAGAAGGUUGUGAUCACGAGUUCUGCACACGAUGUGCCUUGUACCUUUGCUCCACAAAUUGCGCAACAGCAGUUUCUCAUGGACCACCAGGCUCAAUCGCCUGUCCCCUAUGUCGAAAUGGCAUAGUCUCAUUUGCUAUGCUACCAGGCACAAGACCAGCUAGAGUAAGGGAAAUUGCAAGAACAAGUCUGUCCCUAACAUUUUGUACAUGCACAAGUGAGGCACUAGCAGACUCAACCACCACCUCCCUAACAACACCAUUUUGCAAACCUGAGUUUCGUUGCGCGCGAAUCUCCCCUCUCGGAUCCUCCUUCAGAUCCUUGAGCUGCCAAAGGUUCCCAUCAAUGAAACUCAAUUCAAGUUUUUGUAUGGGCACACCAGACGUCAGUCCCUCGCUGAUUCCUUGCGAUGUAGAUAGGAAUUUGCGAAGCCAGUUGGCUACUCGGUGUUCAAGAUCAGGCUUCAGACGAUCAACUUCUCAUUCAGAGGGGAGAAGGUCAUGGUUUUCUGCACUCAAUCAGUAUGUAACAACCGGAAGUGGCUGCUGAAGUUGCCCUCUAAAGCUCUAAGCAUCUUAUAUUUUGUUAUCAUGAUAUGAGUUCUUUUCAUUUUCAUGUUCAUUUCUUCUCACACCUAUUAUCUAAGAUAAUAGCUAGCAUUGUUUUAUAAAAACAACUAUAUCGUGUGUGUAUAUAUAUAUAUUUAUUAUAUUAUUCGAGUCUCCACAGGCAACAUCGAUUAGGAAAAAUAUAUAUUGCCUUGGUUAGCUAGCUGAUUUUUGAGUCUCGUUUCCCAGCUGGGAUUCUUUAUAAACAAGUUCUCAUAUCUUUAUUUAAGAAUAAAGUUGAAAUAUUUCACAA